CCAGAGCGCUGCCGCUGCCCGGGACUCGCGGGCGGCUCCUGGCCUCGCGGCUGCGGGUGGAGCCGGGACCUGGGCGGCGUCCGCGGGUCCCCCUGCCCCGCCACCGCGCGCUCCUGCCGCCGCCCGGCCGCACCUGCAGAGCCCGAGCCCAGCAUGCGCGCCCCGGGCUUCUGGGACUUCUGGCUGCUGCUGCCGCCCCUCCUCUUCGCCGGGCUGUCGGCGGGGCCGCCGCAGAGCUUCUCGCCCUCUCUCAGGAGCUGGUCGGGCGCCCCCUGCAGGUUGUCCCGGGCGGAGUCCGAGCGCCGGUGCCGCGCACCUGGGCAGCCCCCGGGCAGCGCCCUGUGCCACGGCCGGGGCCGGUGCGACUGCGGCGUCUGCAUCUGCCACGUGACCGAGCCAGGCACCUACUUCGGGCCGCUGUGCGAAUGCCACGAGUGGGUGUGCGAGACCUACGACGGGAAGACCUGCGCAGGCCAUGGGACCUGUGACUGCGGCAGGUGCAAAUGUGACCCGGGAUGGUCUGGGGACGCUUGCCAGCACCCGACCAACUGUAACCUCACAAAGAAAAAAAGCAACCAAAUGUGCAAGAAUUCUCAAGAUAUCAUCUGCUCCAACACAGGUACAUGUCACUGUGGCCGGUGUAAGUGUGAUGAUUCAGAUGGGAAUGGCCUCGUUUAUGGUAAAUUUUGUGAGUGUGAUGAUAGAGAAUGCAUAGAUGAUGAAACAGAAGAAAUUUGUGGAGGCCAUGGGAAGUGUUACUGUGGAAACUGUUACUGUGAGGCUGGUUGGCAUGGAGAUAAAUGCGAAUUCCAGUGCGACAUCACCCCCUGGGAAAGCAAGCGAAAAUGCAUGUCUCCAGAUGGCGAAAUCUGCAGUAACAGAGGGACUUGUGUGUGUGGGGAGUGCUCUUGCCAUGAUGUUGAUCCAACUGGAGACUGGGGAGACAUCCAUGGGGACACCUGUGAGUGUGAUGAAAGAGACUGCAGAUCAGUUUAUGACCGAUAUUCCGAUGACUUCUGCUCAGGUCACGGGCAGUGUAACUGUGGAAGAUGUGACUGCAAAGCAGGCUGGUACGGGAAGAAGUGUGAACACCCCCGGUCCUGCCUGCUGGCCCCUGAAGAAAGCUUGAAGAAGUGCCAGGGCAGCUCAGCCCUGCCUUGCUCAGGAAGGGGCAAAUGUGAAUGUGGUAAGUGCACCUGCUACCCACCCGGGGACCACAGGGUAUACGGCAAGACCUGCGAGUGUGACGAUCGCCGCUGUGAGGAUCUCGAGGGCGUGGUGUGUGGAGGUCACGGCACAUGUUCCUGUGGUCGCUGCGUCUGUGAGCGAGGAUGGUUUGGAGAACUCUGCCAGCAUCCACGGAAAUGCAACAUGACGGAGGAGCAAAGCAAGAGCCUGUGUGAAUCAGCAGAUGGCAUGUUGUGCUCGGGGAAGGGUUCUUGUCACUGUGGAAAGUGCAUUUGUUCUGCUGAAGAGUGGUAUAUUUCAGGGGAAUUCUGUGACUGUGAUGACAGAGACUGCGACAAACACGAUGGUCUCAUUUGCACAGGGAAUGGAAUCUGUAGCUGUGGAAACUGCGAAUGCUGGGAUGGAUGGAAUGGAAAUGCGUGUGAAAUUUGGCUUGGCACAGAAUAUCCUUAAUAAUUCCAUGGAAGAGGAAUGGAUUCUUAUCUUUCUAGACCAUUAGAACAUAUAAAUACCAAGGGAAUCAUGUAUAAUCCACCCUAGGACUGACUUAACAGACUAUUGUAUGUUUUUCUAUUUCUGACUUUCUGAAUGAAACCUGGCUACCCAUUUAAGAUGAGUUCAGAAAACUGAUAUAAAUAACACUAGAAAGAACUAUUCUUUCAUAAUUAACACUAGUCAUUCCUAAAGGAGGCAAUUUUGCCAUGUAGAAGACAUUCAGCCAUGUCUACAGACAGUGGGUAGGAGGGUGUGCUCUGGGUAUCUGACAGGCAGAAGCCCAUGAUAGUGUUAAACACCCUACAGUUCACAAGACUGCCCUGCAACAAAGAAUUUUCUGGCUCCAAAUGCCCUCAGUACUGAAAUUGAGAAGCCCCAUAGCACAGUUUUUAGAAAGCCACAUUGCUACACAAGAAUGGCAUGUUAGAAUCUAAGAAAAAGAUCCAGUCUCACGUAAAUCCAUCAAUCAGAUUUUCCUAGGAUUUCUUAUCACUCAGCAUCACCAAGAGGGGAUAAUGAAGAGAAACACACGAGGUGUGCUGUUGGGUUAAGGAGUCAACGAAUCACAACCGCUUCUAAAGGGAAAAAACAUGUUCCUAUAGCAACUGAGUCACUGUCUCUCUUGCUUUAAACUCACAAAAGAAGAUUCUCCUAAGAUAAAGGAAGAAAUUAUGAAAAAUGUACAAUUUAACUUUUAAAUAAAUAAUCAUAUAAGUUGUU